ACUAAAACAGAAGCGUGUCGCCUUCCGUUCGGCUGCAUCAGAUAAACACGCUGCAGUGAACCAGUAACAUUCGCUACACGACAACCGUAACGACGAAAGAGUGUGAAAAUGUCUGCAAGGACCACAGCAAAGUACGUGGAGGAAAAGGACCGUAGUCGUCGACGACAGGAACAUCUUUGGCUGCAGCCUUAUGUUGUGUUGCGCAGAGCAGACAUCAAUGAAGCUAUUCGUCCUAAGCAGAUGGAGCCAGAGCGCACUCGCAUUAAAGAGGAAGAUGUGGGCAAAGAGGUCCAUCACUUCAAUGAACAAAUGGAGCAGAAGUUUCUUUGCACCAUAAAAGAGGAGGAAGAGCCGGAGCAGCCUUGUAAUAAAGAGGAGGGAGAGGAUUCCUGCGACAUUAAAAAGGAGGAGGAAGAGGAGGAUACCUGCAAGAUACCAUUGACUGGCGUUCCUGUGAAGAGUUUAGAUGAGGGUCAACAUGAGGUGAGCAAAGGGGCGGAGCCUCCAAGCUGCAGCUCAAGUCAACAAAUGACUAGAGAAGGUGAUGGAGACCACUGUGGAGGAUCACAAGCAGCUCCACCAUCAGAUAGUGAUGAUCUGUCGUCACAUGUUCCUGCUGCUGCUGCUGCUGCUGCUUCUGAUGAUGAGUCUCAAAACAAACACAGGCAAUGUUCUCAGUGUGGGAAAUGUUGUGCUAAUAACAGUGUUUUGAAACAACACAUGAAAAUGCACACAAAAAAGAAAAACUUUUCCUGCUCAACUUGUGGCCAAAAAUUCGCUCAGCAGGGAACCUUAAAAAAACAUACAAGAACCCACACUGGUGAGAAACCUUUUUCAUGCUCAGUUUGUGGCCAAAAAUUCAGUCAGUGGGGACAUUUAAAAAGCCACACAAGAAUCCACACUGGUGAGAAAUCUUUUUUCUGCUCAGUUUGUGGCCAAAGCUUUUCUGAGAAGGGAAACUUAAAGAGUCAUACAAGAAUCCACACUGGCGAGAAACCUUUUUCAUGCUCAGUUUGUGGCCAAAAAUUCUCUUGUAAGCUUGUCUUAAAAACGCACACAAGAAUCCACACUGGUGAGAAACCUUUUUCAUGCUCAAUUUGUGGCCAAAAAUUCUCUCAGCAGGGAACCUUAAAAAGGCACACAAGAACCCACACUGGCGAGAAACCUUUUUCCUGCUCAGUUUGUGGCCAAGAAUUCUCUCUCAUGGUAAGCUUAAUCAGGCACACAAGAACCCACACUGGUGAGAAACCUUUUUCAUGCUCAGUU